AUGGAUUCUGGGGGGGACAAACAUCUGAGGAAUAGAAAGGUGCACUACAGUACGAACCGGACACUGCACAUCGCAACGUUCAACACACGAUCCCUUUUGUCGCAGGAACGGCUCACCGAACUUGAGUGCGAAGUUGAGAAUAUUAAGUGGGAUGUUAUAGGCCUCAGCGAGGUCAGAAGGCGCGGUGAACAACUCAUCACACUAAAAUCAGGACAUAACUUAUACUAUGCGGGUGAAGAGGACAAGUCAAUUGGAGGAACGGGAUUCCUAAUACAUAAGCGCCAUAACGCAAACAUAGUUUCCUUAAAGAAAAUUUCUACCAGAGUGAUUUGUCUUGUUCUGAAGCUGACCGCGAGAUACAACAUCAAGAUCAUACAGAUAUACGCACCUACGACUAGCUGUGAUGACGAAGAGGUAGACAGUCUUUAUGAUGAUAUAACAACGGCUCUCACAGACAAACAAACGCAAUAUACAAUUAUAUGUGGAGAUUUCAAUGCUGAAAUAGGAAUGAAGCAGGACACCGCUGAAACCUCUUUAGGCAACUUUGGACUACCAGGUAGAAACGAGCGAGGUGAAAUAAUGCUAGACUAUCUGCUACAGAAUAACCUAUUUCAGAUGAACAGCUUCUACAAGAAAAUAUUGAAUAGAAGAUGGACCUGGCAAAGUCCAGAUGGUCGCACAAAAAACGAGAUAGAUUAUAUUAUAACGGACAAAAAACGCAUCGUUAAAGAUGUGACGGUAUUGAAUAGGUUCUCCAUGGGCAGCGACCAUAGACUUGUACGGGCUAAGGUAGUUAUUGAUAUCGAUAAAGAACGUCACAGAAUGGUCAAGAAGAGAACAGAUAAACGUUGGAAGAGACCAGCAGAUAUAGAGGGAUUCCAGCGCACUAUAGAUGAUAGAUUGGCAGGCUGCGACGCGAAUUCGAACGAAGAUGUCAACACACUCAAUGACAUUUUGACCAGUGCCAUGCUAGAAAGCCAAAAUAAAUACUGCCCAAAAACACAAAAAGAAGAAAAAUUGAGCCACAGUACAAGGCAAAUGAUCCAAGAAAGAAGAGAUCUCAGAAGUAAAGGAAUAGUUGCUAACAACGAGCUAAAAGAAGCGAAUAAAAAGGUGGCGAAAGCCAUAAGACGUGACAUUAGAGCAUUCAAUACGGGUCACAUCCAACAAACGACCGAAGAUAAUAAAAGUAUGAGGGUUAUGAGGAGAAAACUUGGAAUCGGGAAAAAACAUAUAAUCAAACUAAAGACCAAACAAGGUAUAACAACAACAAACAGAGAAGAAAUCCUAAAAACAGUUGAGGACUUUUACCAGACGCUGUACACAAGCCAAAACGAAGAUACAUUAAACUCUAGCACAAAACCGGAUAUAGUGACAGUCAAAAAAGGGGUUGUGAACCAAGGUUCAGAAGAAUUGCCAUGCAUCACAAUAGAUUAA